AUGACCUCAAUUGUCGACACUUCAGUAUCUACGCCUCAAGAGAUCAAAAUCAUCAAGAGAACAUUGAAUGGAUACGUUGGAUUUGCCAACUUGCCAAAACAAUGGCACAGAAAAUCUGUAAGAAGAGGGUUUUCCUUUAAUGUCAUGGCCAUUGGUGAAAGCGGAUUGGGUAAAACGACCUUGAUUAAUACUCUUUUCAACCGUGAAGUCAUGAGAAAUGGCGCAAAAGACGAGUUUGAUGAUAGUACCAAUGACCUUGAAACAGACGGAGAAGGAUUAGACGCCGAAACAAAUGCCACAUCACUGGCACAGACUGCUGAUGGAGUACAUGGAAAUGUUAGGAUCAAAACCACCCAGGCUGAAAUAGAAGAGGACGGCGUCAAGUUGAAAGUUAGUGUUGUUACUGCCCCGGGAUUUGGUGAAUCCAUCAAUAAUGAGGACUCGUGGAAGCCAAUUGUCGAAGAUAUCAAUAGCCGAUUUGACUCGUAUUUAGAAGAAGAAUCGAGAAUCAAUAGAUCAGCCAUCCAUGACAAUAGAAUCCACGCAUUCUUGUAUUUUAUCGAACCUACAGGACACUCCUUGAGAAGCUUGGACAUUGCGUUGAUGAAACAGGUACACGAAAAGGUGAAUUUGAUUCCGAUCAUUGCCAAGUCAGAUGCAUUGACAGAUGAGGAGAUUUUGGAGUUUAAAAAGUCAAUCAUGUCUGAUAUCCAACACCAAGGCAUCAAGAUUUUCCAACCUACAAUGUAUGACAAUGAUGAUGAAGAAACUAUUGCCAAUACAAGACAGAUCAUUGACAAGUUUCCAUUCGCAGUGGUUGGAUCUACUAAAGAGGUGCAGACCAAUGAUGGCAGAGUUGUUAGAGGUAGAAAAUAUCCUUGGGGAAUCAUUGAAGUUGACAAUGAAGAACAUAAUGAUUUUGUCAAGUUGCGUCAGUUAUUAGUCCGCAACUUCCUUGAGGAGUUGAAGGAAACCACGUCGAAUAAAUUGUAUGAGAAUUACCGAACUGAGAAAUUGAAGAGAAUGGGUAUUGAACAAGACAACUCUGUGUUUAGAGAGUUUGAUCCAUUGGCCAAGCAAGAAGAAGAGAGAGCUUUGCACGAGGCCAAGUUGGCCAAGAUGGAAGCCGAGAUGAAGCUGGUUUUCCAACAAAAGGUUAGCGAGAAAGAAAAGAAGUUGCAAAGAUCAGAAGCAGACUUGUUUGCUAGACACAAGGAGAUGAAGGAUAAAUUGACAAAGCAGAUUAAGCUCUUGGAAGAAAAGAAGCAACAAUUGGAGAAACAGAAAUUGUUACCACAGGAACCCCCAGCAUCAGCUGCACCACAAAAAAGCCGUAAAGGUUUCUUGCGUUAA